CUGCUUUAAAUAAUCUCAACUAUUAAUUGCUUCUAAAUAAUCCAACAUUUGUAAACGUUUUGCUGACAGCACUUGUUGCCACAUUUAACAGGCUAUUGUAUGUAUAUCUUGCUCAUUCAGAACAAUUUUUAUCAUUAUCGUGCCCGGUGUAUUCCGCUUAUAAGAAAUAUAAUUAGAGUCUAAAAAGGAAAGUAAAACGAAAACACAUGCACAUAAAAGAGAAAGUGUGCAAAGAGUCCAUUAAAACCAGAGUGUGUGGUGUGUGCUCUAUAAAUUCAAUUGGGCGGAAAGCCAAAAGUACACAAAAAGGGAAGCAAAUAAGGAAAGCUAAAAAGAAGUAAAAAGUAUAAUACAAAAAUGGCAAAUCCCUUUGGUCAAGUAGUGGAUGAUGAUAAGUUAGAUGAGAUGCCUAGGUAUGUUGGUGAGCCCAAAACACAAGAAGAUAGAGCGAGAGAGGCCUUUAAUCUAAGAAAUGAGCAUGACAAAAACCAAUUGGCUAGAAGAUAUGUAGAAGAUCUUAAAUCAGAUUAUGGCAAUGGAACCACCACAUUGUGCCUAGUUUACAAUGCUACUGGUGAAACACUCUAUUAUUCCACUAGUUAUGAUUGGUAUGGGUUCAUUGGCCGUACUCCGUAUCCUUUCCAGAUCGGAAACGGCCAAUGGGCUUCUUUCCUUCAUGUCAAAACCACCAGUGCCGCCUCCGGCUCCGAAGCCGCUGUUGUUUUCUCCGGUAAGAACCAAAAUGGUUCUCCCCGUGAUUUUCUCCUUGCUUGGGAUACCCCUUGGUCCGCUUUUUCCAAAAACAAGGCUUACAGUGAUGUAGGGUAUGUUGGAUAUUUCAAUAGUAAUUGGAGUAGUGUAAAAAAAAAUUUGGAGAAAAGCGGGUACACCCAAAGCACUAAUAAAGAUGGGAUCAUCAUAGAUGUUUCUACUGCUUCUGGAACUUCUCCGGUAUUUCAAGCAACAAUCAAAAUCAAAUACAGUCCAUAAAUAUUAUAAAUGCAACACAAUUCUCUAAUAUUACUGUCGUCGUCUUCACAAAAUAAGUGUUAUUAUAUCAUGAUUUCAUGCACUUUAUUUUGUUAAAUUAAUAAGUAUAUCUUUUGUGAAGAAGAAUUUUAUGUAUGCGAAUGAUUAUUAUUACUCUAUGUAAUAAACCUUGUACUACUCAGUUCAUAAAAUUUGAAAUAAUAAGUUGGUCUUUUUUUGUCCUAUUGUUGGAAUUAGGGGGACAAUAAGUUUACACUUCCUCCGUUUCAUAAUACUUGCUACUGAUAGUGAUAUUUUUCCGUAUAACAUGUUACACUCGAUAGUAAGUAUUAUAACACGGAGGAAAUAUAUUUUAUUACAUGUAAUGUAAUUUAUAGUAUUUGAUCCAUAUUAUAUUUGAUGACCUUAUUUAUGAUUGAAAAGAUAAUUUGCGGAUU